AUGGUGAUCAAUCGUAGAUCUACGCGUCGCCUUGGUCGACCUCCUUCAUCAGCUCGUCGUGCUUCUAUUCCCGAAGCUUCCUCGCCGCACUCGACGGAUUUCGUUGAGAUUCCUCCCGAUAGUAUCCAUUCGCCUUUCUUCCUCACCAACAGUGAUAAUCCAGGUCUAUCCAUCAUCCCUGAUUCUCUUGAUGGAACAAAUUACGAUAACUGGAGUAUUGCGAUUACCAUUGCCUUGGAUGUUAAGAAUAAACUCGCUUUCAUCGAUGGAUCUAUCAUUAGGCCUGCUGAAUCUCAUCCUACAUUUCGGAUUUGGUCUAGAUGCAACUCAAUGGUGAAAUCUUGGCUUCUUAAUUCUGUUUCUAAGCAAAUCUACAAAAGUAUUCUACGUUAUAAUGAUGCUUCUGAGAUUUGGAAUGAUUUGAAGGCUCGAUUUCACAUCACAAAUUUUCCAAGAUCUUAUCAAUUCUCUCAGCAGAUAUGGGCUUUACAGCAAGGCACAAUGGAUCUCGCAACAUAUUAUACAACCUUGAAGACUCUCUGGGAUGAACUUGAUGGGGCUAAUUGUAUAACGACUUGCAAACAUUGUGAUUGUUGCAAAGCUAUUGACACAAGAGCUGAUCAUUCUAAGGUGAUAAAGUUUCUGUCUGGUUUGAAUGAAUCAUAUUCUAUCAUUCGCAGUCAGAUUAUCAUGAAGAAGAACAUCCAUGAGUUAUCUGAGAUCUAUAAUCUCCUGGAUCAAGAUCAUAAUCAGAGAAACCUUGUUCCAGUUCAGAAUGCUUCAGCGUUUCAAAUUUCGGCUCCUCCUCCUGUUAUCUCAGUAAACGCUGCUCAAUCUCAGUAUCCACCAAAGCAGAACAGACCAGUGUGUGCUCAUUGUGGAUAUAAUGGCCACACUGUCGAUACUUGCUACAAAAUUCAUGGAUAUCUCGUUGGGUUUAAACACAAGGGAAAGCAAGCAGCAGAGAAACAAGGUUUUGUGGCUUCUAAAAGCGCUGUUUCAACUAAGCGUGUUGUUGCUCAGUUGGCUCUUUCCGAUUCUUCUUCAGAAGACUUUGGCAAUCUUUCAAAAGAUCAAAUUGCUGAGGUUAUUGCUUACUUCAACUCCAAGCUUCACACUUUACAAGCUCAAGUGAACUGUAUGGCUUCAUCAUCUAGUGGUACCAUCACUGCUCUCCUGGGUAUAGCUUUCUCGAACUCAACACUUCAUUUUGUUGGUAUGUUGCGUGCAACGAGGAAAACCCUUUCCUCUGAAUCUUGGAUUGUUGACAGUGGUGCUACUCAUCAUGUAUGUCAUGAUAGACGACUUUUUGCCGAUUUAUCUGAUGCAAUGAAUACAUCAGUCACUCUUCCUACUGGAUUUGGAGUGAAAAUUUCAGGAAUAGGCAGCAUCAGACUAAAUGAUUAUAUCACAUUGUCUAAUGUUCGGUUUAUUCUGGAUUUCAGACUGAAUCUACUUUGUGUGAGCCAGUUAACCAGAGAUUUGGGCUGUCGCGUGAGUUUUGAUGUGGAUUCUUGUCUUAUACAGGAUCAUACCAAGGGCUUGACGAUUGGGAUGGCUGAGCAGAUAUCCAAUCUUUACGUUCUGGACACAUAA